CUUGUGGUGUACAGUCGGUCACACUCGUCGUUUGACUAAGUGACUUCAGUGAAAUUCUGUCGUAUAUCGUUAAUUUGUUCGGAAACGUCGUUGCAAAGAAAAAAAAAAAACAAACAAAUCAACUUAAAAUAAGGGAGGAAUAAAUAUAUUAAAAAAAAAAACAAACAAAUAACCAAAUGUGUGAACCGUUAUCGUAAUCCGGAAAAUUUUUGACAACUUACUCGUUCGUACUCUGUGAUCGUGUUCGACGAUUUUUUCCAUUUUUCCCGUGACUUUUUUUUUUUUUUUUUUUUUCCUGGCGGGACAAUUCGUCUACCGAAAAUCCCCCCCACCGAUUGACUCGCGGCGACACCAGGUGUCUAUCCGAGGACAGAGUGCGCCUUAAUUGCUACGAAUACUAUCUACCGUAUUACCUGAUUUAAGAGAACCACUACGCGAUGAUGAACAUCCAGGUCACUUUGCUGAGUCUCGCGGCAACCGCCAUGGUCGCCGUCGCCGACAUAGCGCCGGGCAGCAACAGAUACCUGCCACCGGAUCCCACCAAGGGUUACGAGUACAACAGACCCACGGUGACGUUUCCGCCAAGACCAACACCGUCGUUUCCGGUUCCGACGAGGCCCCCGCCAAACUUCCCGAUCAACACGGUGAGGCCCGUGUUUCCAGUUACCCCGAGGCCAACGCCGAUCCCAAGACCGACUCCAGGAUUCCCGGAUUACACCGGGCAACCGUCGGGAAACAACGGAAACACCCUCGUGCCAAACCACGAGCACCACGACCACGGCGACCACCAUCAUCACGUUCCGGGGAUGCCUUACGACUUCAACUACGCGGUGAAGGAUGACGCUUACGGCACCGACUACUCCCACAACGCGAUAAGCGACGGUGACGUAGUGCGUGGAGAAUAUCGCGUUCAGUUACCGGACGGACGUCUGCAGAUAGUGCGAUACACAGCUGAUUGGAAAACCGGUUUCAACGCGGACGUCACCUACGAAGGUACCCCGAGGUACGACGCACCGAGACCUACGCCCGGAUUCACAGGAUAUUAGAUGGAACUAAUCAGACGGUAUGCGGGUAUACGCCUACAUAUCGCGUUAUGUACGAAUAUAUUUAUGCAUUUAUGACUGCACGUGAAUGUUUACAUAUGUAUAUAUAUAUAACGACGUUUAUGUAGGUGCGUAUAUAUACCUGGACAUGCUUGACACGAGUCUCUACGGGACGAUACAACGACACUCCCCAAAUUACUUCCCCUUAUACGAUGAAUCGAAAUCGGAAUUUCGUACGCCGACCGCGUACACAUUCCCGUUUGAUUUUCAAAAAUCUUCAUUUAUUUUUAUUUUUAUUUUUUACCCACACCGUCGUUCAAUAAAAUAUAUUUUAUAAAAUCA